AUGGCUAUGAACCAGAUUCCCGGCCAAAAUAUCUACAUUUCUGGCAUCUUCUGUCUGAAGAACAAGGCAGCGCUCGAAAGGGAAAAUAUCACUCAUGUGGUUUCUGUUUUACGUCUCAAUCCGGCCGAGGUCAAGGACGCUUUCUCUUCCUUUCAGCACUUUGUUAUAGACGCAGAUGAUACCGAUGAUGAGAACCUCUUGCAGCACUUCCCUGCUGCUAUACAAUUCAUCCAGUCUGGCCUUGAUGCGGGAGGUAAUGUCCUUGUACACUGUGCGAUGGGCAAGUCCCGUUCCGCGGCUGUCUGUAUCGCCUACCUGCUCCACCAGAAGCCUAGUGCACUCACACCGCAUUCUGCGCUAGAGGUAAUCAGGCAGUCGCGCCCCCUGUGCGAGCCUAAUGACGGCUUCAUGGAGCAGUUAGCGCUUUACCACGAGAUGGGUUGCCCUGAUGAUGUCACGGAGCACCCCGUGUACCAACGCUGGCUGUAUCGUCGCGAUGUUGAGGAAAGCGUUGCAUGUGGCCGUGCCCCGGAAUUGAGGUCGGUGCGCUUUGAAGAUGAGCAGCCCACCCGUCAAGAAGCAAAGGCAUCGCAGGAAGUGGAAAUUAAGUGUCGCAAAUGCCGGAAGCCACUUGCAACAACGCCCUACAUCCUGCCCCACGAGGAGGAAAAGCGUCACAGUACCAAGGUGCGGCCAAACGCGGAAUGCGCGCAUGUCUUUCUGCAUCCCAUGAAGUGGAUGAGCCCUAGUCUUUACCCUUCAACGGAUGGCUCUAAGACCUCUAGCUCCUACGACAACCCCGAGGAAGAAGCUCCUCUUGCAGGUCGCCUCAUCUGCCCUACUCCUAAGUGCGGUUCCAAUGUUGGAAAAUUUGCCUGGCAGGGCUUGCAAUGUAGCUGUGGCAGCUGGGUGGUUCCCGCCCUGGGCCUUGCUAAAGCCCGAGUCGAUAUCGCUAAUAAGGUGAACGCUACACAAAUUCGCGCAGGCGUUGGUAUCCGUAUGCCUCCUGGGAUGCGAGCUCCAGAAACUCAAGAACCCGGAUCUGGCCGUGGUAACCUUUGA